AUGAUGACGUGCCGUCUGCUGUGCGCCCUGUUGGUGCUCGCCCUGUGCUGCUGCCCGUCAGUGAGCGCGGCAGACACUCAGGAGGCUGUUCAAGAACCUUCGAAGAACACGACGACGAACGGGACAACACAGGCACCGAACAAUACGGAGAAUACUAUACCUAAAGCUGAUGUAGACGUUAGUAGUCGUUCUUCUAAUUCAGACUCAGGAGUACAGGUGGUAGGUGAGUCGGGGUCGCCAGGCACGGGGCACACUGCGGGACAUUCAAAUAAUAAUUCGCCAGGUACACCAGUCUCUACCGGUCCGGAAAACCAAUCAAAUGAAGUGUCCAAUGGACGACAGUCAAAAGUUAAGAACGGUGCGAAAGAGCCACCAAGUCCCGCGGAUCCUUCUUCAGAAAAAGCAGAUCAGGGAGCCGAAGAUGCUGCCGCGACGACCACGACGACCACCACGACACAGGUACCAACCACGACCACCACCACCGCGCCGGAGGCACCAAGUACUACUACGACUACAGAGACGCCAACCGCAACGACCACCCGCGCACCGUCACUUCUUCGUGAAGUCGACAGCAGCCUCAGCAGCUCUGCGUGGGUGUGUGCCCCGCUGCUGCUCGUCGUAUCCGCGCUGGCGUACACCGCUGUGGGCUGA